UACUCUUCAAAGACUUCCUUCCGGGCACCGCGAAGCCGGCGUGCUCCGCAUUCGGAGAGGCAGCGGCGCUCGCCUUCAUCCAGGACAACAAAACUGCCAUUUCCGAAGAGAAAGGAAACGGCUCGCGGCUUCAGGGGUUCCCAGGCGCGGGCCUGCGAGGGAGGCCGGGAGCCGAGUCGCCACGCCCAGAACCCCGAGCCCGCCCCCGCGCCACCCAGCCCGGCGCCGCCGCCCCCGCUGCGCACGCGACGCCCCCUCCAGGUCCCGCUCCUGCGCCCUAUUUGGUCAUUCGGGGGGCAAGUGGCGGGAGGGGGAGACGUGAGCUGCCGAAGGGGAAGCGGAGCCGGCGCCGGCUGCGCAGAGGAGCCGCUCUCGCCGCCGCCACCUCGGCUGGGAACCCACGAGGCCGCCGCAUCCUGCCCUUGGAACAAUGGGACUCGGCGCGCGAGGUGCCUGGGCCGCGCUGCUCCUGGGAACGCUGCAGGUGCUAGCGCUGCUGGGGGCCGCCCAAGAAAGCGCACCCAUGCCGGCAUCUGCAAACGUAGAGAAUUCUGGGCCUCCACACAACUCCAGUGCUAACUCAACAGAGAUUGAACAUGUGACUUCCGACUAUACAAAUGAAAUUUCCAACAGUACUGUGAAACUACCAACUUCAGUUGCCUCAGACUCCAGCAGUAUGACAGUCACCACCAUGAAACCCACAGCAGCAUCUAAUACAACAACACCAGCGAUGGUCUCAACAAAUGUGACUUCUACCACCUUAAAGUCUACACCCAAAACAACAAGUGCUUCACAGAACACAUCUCAGAUAUCAACAUCCACAAUGACCGUAACCCACAAUAGUUCAGUGACAUCUGCUGCUUCAUCAGUAACAAUCACAACAACUAUGCAUUCUGAAGCAAAGAAAGGAUCAAAAUUUGAUACUGGGAGCUUUGUUGGUGGUAUUGUAUUAACGCUGGGAGUUUUAUCUAUUCUUUACAUUGGAUGCAAAAUGUAUUACUCAAGAAGAGGCAUUCGGUAUAGAACCAUAGAUGAACAUGAUGCCAUCAUUUAAGGAAAUCCAUGGACCAAGGAAGGAAGACAGAUUGAUGCCGCCCUAUCAAUUAAUUUUGGUUUAUUAAUAGUUUAAAACAAUACUCUUUUUUUGAAAAUAGUAUAAACAGGCCAUGCAUAUAAUGUACAGUGUAUUACGUAAAUAUGUAAAGAUUCCUCAAGGUAACAAGGGUUUGGGUUUUGUAAUAAACACCUGGAGCUUACAGACAGUGAAUACAAUGGUUUAUAUUCACUUUUAGCAAGCUCAUAGUAAGACAGACAAGUCCUAUCUUUUUUUUUUUUUUUUUUUUUUUUUUCCCGGGGGGGGGGGGCAUUGGUCACAUAUAACCAGUAAUUGAAAGGUGUCAUCACUUAAAGUGCCAUCUGGGCAUACAAAUAAGGAGUUUGUCACAGCACUCAGGAUUUUGGGUAUCUUUUGGAGCUCACACAAAGAACUUCAGUGCUUUUCAGAGCUGGAUAUAUCCUGAUUACUGAUGCCACACAGAAAUUAUACAAUCAAGUAAACCAGAUCUGAAGCAUAAUUUAAGAAAAACAUCAACAUUUUUUGUGCUUUCAACUGUAGUCGUUGGUCUAGAAACAAAAUACUCCAAGAAAAAGAAAAUUUUCAAAUAAAACCCAAAAUAAUAUCUGUGCUUAACCCUGUUAGGGACCCAUUGGAGCAUUAAAGAGCAUAUAUUUUUAUUAACUUCUUUUGAGCUUUCAAUGUUGAUGUAAUUUUUCUCUGUGUAAUUUAGGUAAACUGCAGUGUUUAACAUAAUAAUGUUUUAAAGACUUAGUUGUCAGUAUUAAAUAAUCCUGGCAAUAUAGGAAAAAAAACACCUAGAAGUUAGAUUAUUUGCUACUGUGAGAAUAUUGUCACCACUGGAAGUUACUUUAGUUCAUUUAAUUUUAAUCUUAUAUUUCAUGACUAUUUUAAGAACUGUAGAGCUGCUUUCAAUAUCUAGAAAUUUUUAAUUGAGUGUAAACACACCUAACUUUAAGAAAAAGAACCGCUUGUAUGAUUUUCAAAAGAACAUUUAGAAUUCUAGAGAGUCAAAACUGUAGCCUAAUGCUGUGUUUAUUAACCCAGGGAUUGUGGGACUUCCCCCAGGCUACUAAACCUGCAGGAUGAAAAUGCUGUAUUUUCUUUCAUGCACUGUUGAUAUUACUCAGAGAUUUAGGGAAAUGACAUUUUUUAUACUAAAACACCAACAUACUUUAGAAUAAAUUCUUAGAAAGUUUUGAGAGGAAUGUUUAGCAGGACAUUUCCUCCUUCCUGAUUUGGAUAUUCCCUCAGAUCCCUCUUACUCCAUGCUGAAGGAGAAGUACUUUCAGAUGCAUUACGUUAAUGGACAGAAAAAGCACAGUAUUUGUAGAGACACCGGUAUUAGCCACAAUGUAUUUUGGAGUGUUUUCCGUUUCACAGUUUAUAUUCCAGCACUCAAAACUCAGGGUCAGGCUUUAACAAAAGAGGUAUGUAGUCACAGUAAAUACUAAGAUCGCAUUUCUAUCUCAGAGGGCCAAAGUAAAUCACACCAGUUUCUGAAGGUCCUAAAAAUAGCUUAGAUGUCCUAAUGAACAUGCGCCUACAUUUAACAGGAAUACAAUAAAACUAUUGUGGUCAGCUUUUGUUUUGCAGAGAAUGCUAGAUAUUAAGAAUUUUAAAAUGGAUCAUUUCUGCUUGCUGUGCAUUAUAACCAAUAAUCUGAUGAACAUAGAAAAAAAUCAUCCAAAAUAUGGAUAUGAUUGGAUGUAUGUAACAUAUAGAGUAUGGAGGAAAUUGUCUAAAAAAUACAUUUAGAUUAGUUGAAAGAGAUGUGGGCUGAUGGCUGAGUUGUAUGUUACUAACUUGGCCCUGACUGGUUAUGCAACCAUUGCUUCAUUUCUUUGCAAAAUGUAGUUAAGAUAUACUUUAUUCUAAUUAAGGCCUUUUAAAUUUGUCUACUGCAUUCUUGGUAUUUCACUACUUCAAGUCAGUCAGAACUUUGUGGACCGACCUGAAGUUUCUUUUUGAAUACUUGUUUCUUUAGCCCUUUGAAGAUAGAAAAACCACUUUUUAAGUACUAAGUCAUUUGCCUUGAAAGUUUCCUCUGCAUUGGAUUUGAAGUAGUUUAGUUAUGUCUUUUCUCUGUAUAUAAGUAGUAUAAUUUGUUACUUGCAAAUACCAGUACUUUCAAUGCAAGGUUUUUUUUGUUGUUAUCUAUAAAAGUUGAGGGAAAUGGUUAUGCAAAAGAAAAUUUUGCUUUAGAUCACAUUUCCUAAGCAUAAAUUUACCUUCCUAAUUACGUUUACUUAGAAAAAUGCUCAAUUUUUGCUUGCAUUCCUUAAGAAUGUAUUUAUUUGAAGAUCAAAACAAUCCAGAUGUAUAAGUACUAGGCAGAAGCCAGUUUUAAAAUUUUCUUCAAUAAUCCAUGAAAGGAAUAAUUCAAAUACAGAUAAACAGAGUUGGCAGUAUAUUAUAGUGAUAAUUUUGUAUUUUCAGGAAAAAAAGUUAAACUCUUCUUUUUAUUGUAAUGACCAGCUUUUGGUAUUUCAUUGUUACCAAGAUCUAUUUUUAGAAUAAAAUUGUUCUCCUUCUAAAA